AUGACCGCGGACUCGUCCCCGCUCGCAUCCCAGCCCCCAGGCGCUACCUCCCUCCCAAUCGACGCCGAGGACACGCCGACGAGCGCCAGGGUGCCCAAGAGCCCACUGGCGGGGGGUCAGGACGCCAUCCCCACGCCGCGUGCUGAUGCCCUCUUCUCGCGCGUGGUGGUGCACAAGCGCGGGGCUGGCGCCGACCUGGCCGGCCCCCCCCUGCUGUCCUGGGACGCCCUGGCUGCAGUGGCCUCCGUGGUGGGCCUGUCCGGCUCGCUUAUCAUCUACGGCGUCUUGCAGGAGCGCAUCAUGACCGUGCCCUUCGGUCCGCGCGGGGCGCUCUUCCGCCACUCCCUGUUCCUGGUGCUGUGCAACCGGGUGGUGGCCGCGCUCAUGGCGCUGGCCUGGACGUGCUUCAGGCCGCGCAGGGACCUCGCGCCCACGGCGCCCCUGAUCGGCUACGGGGCGGUCAGCCUGGCGAAUGUCGUGGCGUCGAUGUGCCAGUACGAGGCGCUCAAGUACGUCUCGUUCCCGGUCCAAGUCGUGACCAAGUGCACCAAGAUGAUCCCCGUCAUGGUGUGGCAAACGGCCAUCGGGGGCAAGAGCUACGGCCUGGAGGAGUACCUGCAGGCGGCGCUGGUGGCGGUGGGGUGCGCCACGUUCCUGCUCACGGGCCCGGUGGCGUCCGAGGGCCCUGGGACUCCCCCCGGGGAGCUCCAGGUGGUUUACGUCCUGGGCGGCCUGGUGCUGAGCCUGUACCUGCUGGUGGACGGUUUCACGUCCACCUGGCAGGACAAGCUGUUCUCGGGGUACGAGAUGAGCCUGUGCAACCAGGUGCUGUACACGUCGCUGUGGUCCAUCGGGCUGAGCGUGGUGGGCCUGGUAGGCACCGGCCGUCUGUUCCCAUCCAUCAGCUUUGUGUCGGAGUACCCCGAGGCGUGGGCGUGGAUCGGCGGCAUAUCGAUCGCCUCCGCGGCCGUGCAGUUCUUCGUGUCGCACACGAUAAAGAGCUACGGGGCGCUGGUGUUCGCCACCGUCAUGACGACACGCCAGUGGUUCUCCAUCCUGCUGUCCUGCCUGGUGUUUGCUCACCCCCUGUCGAUGGGACAAUGGCUUGGCACCAUUCUUGUGUUCGGAGCCCUGUACCAAAAGUUCAUUUCCAAGAGACAUCUUAAGGGAAGUGGCCGGCAUUGA